CGAGACAGACAGGUAUUAGAUACCGUUUGAAAGUGCUGCCGGACUUUACUCGUAACCUAAUGGCAAACCUUCAUCCAUCUCAAAAAUCCGACACAAGUGAGAUAACAUUCAUUUCCUGAUUAUUCAUUCUUUCAAGAAGGAGAUGGUGUCAAAUGUUGUUAUUUAGGUUAAUAAUGAACCUUCAAGUGAUAGUUGUGCUCAUCUUUCUUUUGAACGUGAUCCCGCCCUUCCAAUCAGUUCAGUCCCCCAGCCACCUGAGGCCAUCGUCAAGUUCCAAUGGGGACAGAGCGUGUUCCCUUUUGAUAGCCGUUGAUGAGCUUCUGUUCAAUCACUUUCAGAGGAAUUUCACUCGUAUCACAGAGACAGUGAAAGAUCUCGUGACAGGAGCCAACGACAUCUACUCAAGGGAUAUCUUUCUGGGACAAUUCAAAGGGAUCUACUUUCGAGUGGAAGAGAUUCGGAUACUUUUCGAGUUUUGCCCCACUUGUAAUCGAACGGCUCGACAAUUCUUGGACACCUUUGCCUUGAUAGACUUUUCACAGUUCUGCUUGGCCCACUUGUUGACUUAUCGGGACUUUCCAGAUGGACUUCAGGGAAUGGCUCAUCGGGGAGCAUUUUGUUCCCGUAACCAAAAUACGGGAUUCACAAGUCUUCUGAACCAUGGGGUUCAAACACACAUCAAGGACUCGGUGAUCACCUUUUCUCACGAGUUGGGGCACAAUUUCGGGGCAGAUCACGACGAGAAUCGAGGCUGUUCUUCCAAAUACAUCAUGGCCUCCACAGCGGUUGAAGGCAAUAUCAACAGGUUUUCAACUUGUUCCCAAAAGUCCAUUCGAUCCCAUCUGGCAAAACGUUUAUCCUUGCGGAGGUACUCCAAUUGCUUGCAACCCAUGUCAAGGUCAAGGUCCAAACAAGUAUCCUUGUGCGGCAACGGGAUCGUCGAGGGGUCCGAAGAAUGUGAUUGUGGCCUUGAUUACUCCCAAUGCGCUGAUCCUUGUUGCUAUCCAGCUAAUAUUGAUCCCGGGGAUCGCUAUCUCAACUCUUCAGCUACACCUUGUGGUUGGAAUCAAAAACCAUUGUGCUUAAGCCAAUGGGAUCCCAUUUGGAAGUUCGGUUUGGUGGCGCCUUGGCUCUUUCUAAGCUGUGGAACGGUUGUUAUAAGCUUGGGCCUUUAUUACGAUUGGCGCCAUAAUCGGAUUUUUUUCCUAAAGCACGAGGUUAUGAUCUUAAAUGGUUUCAAAGAACACGCACUAAGGGAGCACCAUCAAAUUCAAGAUAACCAUCCCAAACCCAACUCGAAUUUUGUUCAAUGGCACCCAAGACCUCCUUUGCCAAUGCAACUGCGGCCUUCGUCACCUGCCAAGCCCCGAUUUUCAACCAAACCUGUAUUGCCACAUCCUUGCCCGAACCUUCCUCCUAGUCAUCGAAAAGCAAAGCCCAUUCUCAGGCCUUCUGCUAUUCCGACCGGAACGAGGCCACUUCCACGUCCAAUUACACCUAGUCCCACCCCAUUGGAACGACCAACAUUCAACCUCCGGCUAAUGUUACCGGUCAAUCAAAGACCAACAAGACUUCCCUAUCGAGGGGAAAGGCAAUUUGAUAAACAAAGCUAGUCACCGAUUCAGAUUAUUAUUAGGGUCCCUUGAAAUCAAGCCAAUUCGCUAAUGCGAUUUUUGGUCCAUGCCAUUGCCUCUUAUUUAAAAUACCACAUGGUCGACAAUUUUUUUAGACCCUCUCACCGGAGUUUUCCCGAAGUCUUUUGUAAAUAAAAAUGUGUUGGACUGAG